AUGGGUGCCCUUGAGAGAUUGACUCAAAUUGGCGGCCAGGUCACUGGCAACAACAAGCAGAAGAUUCUCCAGAAGAACCCUGACGAUGUUGUCGUCACUGCAGCCCUCCGCACUGCCUUCACAAAAGGUGGCAAGGGUGGCUUCAAGGACACCCAGGCCGCCGACCUGAUGGCUGGCGCCUUCAAGGCCCUCCUCGACCGCUCCAAGAUCGAUCCCAGCCUCGUCGAGGAUAUCGCCGUCGGCACUGUCCUGGCUCCCGGUGGCGGUGCUACCGAGAUGCGCGCCGCCGCCCUCGUUGCCGGCUUCCCCCAGACCACUGCCGUCCGUACCCUCAACCGCCAGUGCUCUUCCGGUCUGCAGGCCUGCGUCGACGUCAUAAACCAGAUCAAGACGGGCAUGAUCGAGAUUGGUAUUGGCGCUGGCGUCGAGAGCAUGUCUACGCAAUACGGCCCCGGUGCCGUCUCCGAAUUCUCCGACCUCCUUGAGAACUUCCCCGAGGCCGCAAACUGCAAGGUUCCCAUGGGAGUCCUCUCCGAGGACAUGGCUCGUGAUCUCAAGAUCCCCCGCGCUAAGCAGGAUGCUUUCGCCGCCUCCUCCUAUGCUAAGGCUGCCAAGGCCCAGCAGGAGGGCCUCUUCGACCAGGAGAUUGCCCCUCUCAAGGUCAAGUUUGAGGACCCCAAGUCUGGUGAGACCAAGGAGAUUACAGUCGCCAAGGACGACGGUGUUCGCCCUGGAGUAACCGCCGAGUCCCUGGCCAAGAUCAAGCCCGCCUUCGCAAAGGAUGGCAGCAUCCACGCCGGCAACGCCUCGCAGGUUUCCGAUGGUGCUGCUGCCGUUCUCUUCAUGAAGCGUUCGACUGCUGAGCGCCUUGGACAGCCCAUCCUCGGCAAGUUCGUGUCGGCCGCCAUCGUUGGCCUCCCGCCCCUGUUGAUGGGCCAGGGUCCCGCCAAGGCCAUUCCCAAGGCCAACGAGAAGGCUGGUAUCGCCACUGAGGACGUUGACAUUUACGAGAUCAACGAGGCUUUCGCUUCACAGUGCCUGUGGAGUGCCGAGCAGCUCGGCAUUCCGUUUGAGAAGGUCAACCCCAAGGGCGGCGCUAUUGCCUUUGGCCACCCCCUGGGCUGCACAGGCGCGAGACAGAUCUCCACGCUGCUGUACGAGCUUAAGAGGACAGGCAAGAAGAUUGGCAACACAUCCAUGUGUAUCGGUACCGGUAUGGGCAUGAGCGCCGUCUGGGUUGCCGAGUAA